CCCGACAGCGCCCGCGCUGCCCGCGCCGACAGGGCGACAGGGGCCGUUGACCACGGUCUUGCCCGUUUAGUAGGGGCGUACCAUGAGCAUGGCCACAAAGCCGCCAAAAUUAACCCUUUGUUUGCUGGUCAAGCGGUGAUGGAUAUGGUACCUGAAAUUCGAAUGCUGUCGGAAGUUCUUCAAGGGCCUUUCAACAUCACAGGACUUCUGAACAUGGGGAAGGAAGAAGUGUCCCUAGAGGAUGUGCUGGCUUACCUUGAUCACAUAUACUGCGGGCACAUUUCUAUAGAGACGAGCCAGCUGCCAAGCCCAGAGGAGAGAGACUGGUUUGCUAAAAGGUUUGAGGAGCUAAAACAAGAAGCAUUUACAACCGAAGAGAAAAAGCAUUUGUCCAAGGUGAUGUUGGAGUCCCAGGAAUUUGACCACUUCUUGGCCACCAAGUUUGCCACGGUGAAGCGAUAUGGGGGUGAAGGAGCAGAGAGUAUGAUGGGCUUUUUCCAUGAGUUGUUCAAGAUGUGUGCAUAUAGUGGGGUGACGGACGUAGUUCUUGGCAUGCCCCAUCGCGGAAGGCUUAAUCUCCUCGCUGGGCUGCUUCAGUUUCCACCAGAGCUUAUGUUUCGCAAGAUGCGUGGGUUGAGCGAGUUCCCAGAGAAUUCACCUGCGAUUGGAGAUGUCCUUUCCCACCUGACAUCCUCUGUUGAUCUAGACUUUGGAUCGCACCGUCCUGUGCAUGUCACCUUGCUGCCUAACCCCUCCCAUCUAGAAGCCAUUAACCCAGUGGCUGUUGGAAAGACACGGGGAAGGCAACAGUCAGUGCUAGACGGAGAUUACUCUCCAGACAGCUCUGCCCAGCCUGGAGACAAAGUCAUCUGCCUGCAGGUUCACGGUGAUGGUGCUUUCUCUGGUCAAGGGAUUGUUCCUGAAACGUUGACGCUCUCUAAUCUCCCACAUUUCAGAGUUGGUGGAAGCAUCCAUCUGAUUGUUAACAACCAGCUGGGAUAUACCACUCCUCCAGAACGAGGGAGAUCAUCACUGUACUGUAGCGACAUUGGUAAGAUAAUUGGGUGUGCAAUUAUCCACGUGAAUGCGGAUGAUCCUGAAGAAGUCAUCCGAGCCACACGCCUAGCUGUCGAAUACCAGCGCAACUUCCGACGGGAUGUGGUUGUUGACUUGCUGUGUUACAGACAGUGGGGUCACAAUGAACUCGACGAGCCGUUCUUCACAAAUCCCGGCAUGUACAAAAUCAUUAGAUCUCGUAAGAGCAUCCCAGAUACAUAUGCAGAGCAGCUAGUAACUGGUGGACUCAUGACUGAGGACGAAGUAUCAGAGAUAAAGACAUCAUACUACUCCAAACUGAACAACCAUCUUGCCAACAUGACGUUGUAUACUCCUCCUCCCACUAACCUGCAGGCGCACUGGAGUGGCAUGGUGGAACCCACGGCUAGGAUCACCACGUGGGACACGGGUGUGCCUGUGUCGCUCCUCCAGUUCAUUGGAAUCAAGUCCGUGGAGGUUCCUGAAGAGCUCCAAAUGCACAGCCACCUUCUGAAGACAUAUGUGCAGGCAAGAAAACAGAAAGUGGAGGAGGGAACAAAAUUGGACUGGGCUACGGCUGAAGCAUUAGCUUUUGGAGCCCUGCUCAGCCAAGGGUUUAAUAUCCGAUUAAGUGGACAGGAUGUCGGCAGGGGAACGUUCAGCCAACGACAUGCAAUGUUGGUUUGCCAAGAGACGGACGACACUUACAUCCCUCUGAACCACAUGUCCCCAGACCAGAAGGGCUUCCUAGAGGUGAGCAACAGCCCCCUGUCCGAAGAAGCAGUGCUUGGUUUUGAAUAUGGAAUGAGUAUUGAGAGUCCCAAAUUAUUACCAAUUUGGGAGGCUCAGUUUGGCGAUUUCUUCAAUGGGGCCCAGAUAAUAUUUGACACUUUCAUUUCUGGAGGUGAAGCUAAGUGGCUCCUGCAGAGUGGAAUUGUCAUUCUUCUUCCCCACGGCUAUGAUGGCGCAGGCCCUGAACACUCGUCCUGUCGAUUAGAACGCUUCUUGCAGAUGUGUGACAGCUCAGAGGAGGGAGUUGAUGGUGACAAUGUGAAUAUGUCAGUGGUGCAUCCAACCACCCCAGCACAAUAUUUCCAUUUACUCCGAAGGCAGAUGAUUCGAAACUUCCGGAAACCGCUAAUCAUUGCCUCUCCCAAAAUGCUCCUCAGGCUCCCGGCUGCUGUGUCAGGUCUUCAGGAAUUGGCUCCAGGGACAACGUUCCGGCCAGUCAUUGGCGAUUCAUCGAUUGACCCAAAAAGCGUCACCCGGGUGGUGCUGUGUUCGGGCAAACAUUAUUAUGCCUUGGUGAAACAGAGGGAAGCCCUUGGAGAACAGCAGCGCAGCACUGCCAUCAUCAGACUUGAAGAGCUGUGCCCUUUCCCUCUGGAAGCUCUUCAGCAAGAAAUGAACAAAUACAAGAAUGCCAAAGAUUUUAUUUGGAGUCAGGAGGAACCACAGAACAUGGGUCCCUGGACCUUUGUGUCACCAAGGUUUGAGAAGCAGUUAGCAUGUAAGCUCCAUCUUGUGAGCCGACCUCCCUUACCAGCUCCGGCAGUGGGCAUUGGAACAUUACAUCAGCAGCAACAAGAACACAUACUUACCAAAACGUUUGCUUAAAGCCUUUCUACUUAAACAGCUACAAUUCCCUAUGUAUAAUAACUUUUUUUCAAAGAACUUGCAUGGAGGAGGAAAAACCACUAGGCCUUUUAGUUCCAAAAGGCAAGAACAAAUCAGGAACUGUUCUGUAAAGAGCAGGGAAAUCUUUAAAUGUACUGAUGCAAACAAACCUAUGCUGACCCCUGCCUGUCCAGCUCCGACUAGGCACAUCUACACGUACCCCCCACAGUGCAUUCGUUACUGUGCUGUCCUUUAGUACUUGCUUUAGGAAGUACUAAAUGACAGCACAUUGUUAUUUUUAGCAGCUAUGGUGCCGUGGCGACGCACUAUAGCGAGGUAGCUCAUUGCUACAACGACAUAGUGUCAGUGUCACGGUUUGUGCCUCACAGUCGCCAUAGUGACAAGCUACAUCACCAUAGUGCAGGGGUUAUCAGUCGGGGGUACAUGUACCCCUGGGGGUACUUGGAAAGGCCACAGGGGGCAUGCGGCGCAGAGAAGUGGGGGUACUUCUGGUUUUGCCGGUGGCGCUUUUGGUUUCGCCACUGUGGGUGGAGGACCCUCGCUUCCACUGCCCGUGGAUCAGCUGCCAGGGGACUCCCCCUUCCAACCCCCGCUGCUCGUCAACAGGCUGGGGGACUCCCUGCUUCUCAACCAGAUGCCAAAAAAGGUUGAAAACCCCUGCCAUAGUGCAUCACUACAGCAACAUGGCGUCUUGUAUAGAUGCACCCACUGAGGAUGAUUCUUACUGUCCUUUUGUAUUUUUUACAUUAUGUAAAAUCAAACCCAUUGUGAGAUCAGUGUGUUCACUGGAAAAAAAAAAAUCAAUGCGUUUAUAAAGAAUUAUAUAAUAAAGAGACCCCCUAGUUCACUUUUCCCCCUUUUUAAAUUUAGACUUAAAUCUCAGGAGAAUGCUGGCAUCUAUGCCACUUCGUCUGUAAAAAUAGUGUUCUUCCUUGACCUGAGCGACAUUUUCAGCAGAGCCUCAAAAGAGGUAUAAACUCAUCUAUUUUCGCACCACCGUAAACAGAGCCUCCACGUUGGGUUUGAGCCAUAAAAGCAUAGCAGUCUGGAGGAUCAUAGUGAUGCUGCAACCUGUGGUGAGGUGAAGCAGAGCAGUAGCCUCAAGCCAGCAAUUUUCUUCAGGAAAAAAAACAUCACUUGUCCAUUUUAGGCAACUUGCCAUUUUCUCAGAUCAAAUUAAUCAAAAUGGCUAUUACUUAGCUCACCGUCAAAGCACAAGCCAUUCCCAUUCAACCAUGCGUGCCAAUGGGGAUAUGUGGAUAACCAUGCUAGUGUUCUGAGUUUCUGUUUGUAAUUUCCUAGAGAUUUUUAAAAAACAAGACAGAAAAAUAGCAAUACCAUGAUAUGGCAUCAUUUUGAAGCCAGCACAAGCCGUGAGCAUGGUUGUCAGCUUUUAAUUCCACUGUUCAGACUUGUCACUAGAGCUAAUGGAGUAACAGGUAGCAGUUGUAGUUGGCCAUCCUACAUCUUCCAUGAGCUAGCACAGGAGCUGGGUGAGAUUAAAUACUGUGGGGCAAGUCACAGAUAAUGCUCCCUUCUCCUCAACUGAUUCCUGUCUCAGUCCUGCCUCUUCGCUAGCCCUAGCUCACACAGGCCCAUUCGCUUUUUCCCAGGUCUUAGGAAAGAGCCAUUUUAGUCUCCCAAGUCUUAAUCUCCCCCUAAGUGCUCCUUAGCUAAUUCAAGUCUCCUUGCUUAACCAACCCCCAAAUGCUCUGAUUCCUUAUCUGAUCUGUUCCUCCUUACCACCCUGUUGACCCCAGUCUCUCUCCCUCAGCUUCUCCUCCAGUCUUAAUUAUGCUUUCUUUGAUUCCUGCCCUAGUGUUUUUGCCCAGUCACCACUCCCAAUUCUUUCCAUUCACUUCGGGCAAUUAAUGCUAUAAAGGCUUACUGUGCAGUAAGAUACUGCACAGUAAGCCUUUCCUAGGAGCACAUCUACAUGUGCCCCCUGUUGGGAGCAAAUCUGCUCCCAAAGAGAACCACCCACUACAGGACUGAUCCAACCUUGCUUUAGCCUCAGUAGUAGCCAGGGGGAGCUCCAGACUUUCCCUGGGUGUUAACCUGAGGGUUGGUAGGGAGUACAGGGCCCAUCCCCAUCUGCACAGGCCCAGGAGAGCUGCCAGCUGCAGAGGCAACUGCCUCCUUACCCCAUACACAUCGGGGGGGUCCUGAUAUGCACAAGGCUGGGAGAUGGCUGCCGCUGCAGAGCUCUCCCACCUCGUGCACAUGGGGACAAGUUUUGUGCCCAGCAGGGCUUCCCUGCACAGUCCAGGGCUGGCUGGGAACUGUCUCCCUUCUGGGGUAGCUCCUAGCCAGCCCUGGGACGCAUGAGGAUUUUCCCAGCCAGCCCAGAGCUGAACAGGAACCGUCCCAGUUCUGCGGCAGGUCCGAGGAAGCUCCGGGCUGUGCCGAUUUCCCCGCAGAGCCCAGAGCUGGCUGGGCGCUGCCCCAAAGGGAGGACAGUUCCUGGCCACCCCUGGGCUGGGCAAGGAAAUCCUUGUGCAGCCCAGACCUGGCUGGGACCUGCCCCAGUACUGGGACAGUUCCCAGUCAGCCCCCAGCUGCGCAGGGAAGCAGGGAGCUCCCGAGUCCCAGUGCUGCUCGGCUCUCAGCUCCUGCAGGGAGCCAGGAGCUGAACAGUGCCAAGGCAGAGGUGGGGGCAGAGAGCUACCCCAUUCCCACACUGCUCGCCUCCCAGCUCCUGGGGAGUUGGGAAAUAAGUAGUGCCAGGACUGGGGAGUUCUCUGUUCCCUGUGGCCCCCUAGUCUUGGGGUUGACUGGGAGCAAAUUUGCUCCUGGCCAGCAUUUACACAUGCUCUAUUGGCACAGGAACUACUGCACAGUUAGUUUACUACCUGUAUUUAUGGGUAGUAUCUAAUUCCGCAAUAGACUAAUUUACUGCACAGUAAAUGUAUGCAUGUGUAGAUGGUGACGCUUUACUGUGCAGUAGAUUAGUCUGUUGUGGCGUUAGUUACUACCCAUAAAUACAGGUAGUAAACUAACUGCGCAGUUAGUUAGUACACUAACUUGGUAGAUUAAUCUACUGAGUAGUUAAUCAUUUUGCGUAGACACCCUUUAGUUCUUAGUUCGCUCUCCUCCUCCUACUCAGCUCCCAAACUGUCUACCACACAGUCUAAGCUGAACACAAAAAUACGAUAUGAGAAGAGAUGACCUCAAGCAAACAGUUUUAUCUUCCAUGGAUAUUGGUCAUUUAAAACAUCCACCCCAAAUCUGUUUUGAGAUAGAAAAUACAUAAAACCAAUCCAUUUUAGAAAACUUACAAUGAUCUUGCAAGUGCAUCUGUUUUUUUGCCCUCAGGAAAUAAAAGGAUGUUGUGUGUCAAACAGCAGAGAUAACAAUCGGACAUGGAGAAGUAUUUACUUUUCCUAGAUGGCAAUCACAGGAUAUUUUAAAUCAAAUUUCUGACAGUCUAUACCCUAAAAUGUUUCCCUAUUCUUCUGUAUGACAUAGUGUACGGCAUCUGUAGUCUUUAUAUGACAUUUGGUUUCUGUAUGACAAUAUUACUCAAGCUCUUCUGGGUCAUGUACCCCUCUUAAGUUUGUUAAACCAGCGUGUCUAGGCUUCCAUUUCACACAUAAUACAAAAAGUAAUAUUUUACCCUACAAUAAGCACAUGGUUUUCUCUCCAGCAAUUAAUUAAUUAUUGUUGAGUUGUUCAACAUUUUUUCUCUUUUCUCCUUCUAUAUUUCCCCUUCCCCACUCUACUUUCCUAUUCCUUCUUCACACAUACCCCGUGCCAUGUACUCUCUAAGAAACACUGAUUUAUUAUAAAAAUGGGGUUGGGCUCAAUCUCAAGGGUCCUCUAAUCCAACCCCUUGCAUAAAUGCAGGACAUAAACCACCUCUGUCAAAACUGUUAUCCAGCCUUUUCUUGAAAAUUUCCAAGAAAGGAGAUUGCGCAGCUUCUCUGGACAGCUUGUUCCAUCGUCUGACUGUUCUGAUAACAAGGAAUUUGUGUCCAAGAUUAAAUCUGCUUUUCUGCUGUUUAAACCCAAUGCUUUGUGUUCUGCUCUCUGUAGUGAGGCAGAACAGUAUUUUCCCCCUCUUCUUUCUGGCAGCCUUUCAAAGAUUUGAAAACUGCUAUCAUGGCCCUUAACCUCCUUUUCACCAGGCUAAGCCUACCUAGUUCUUGCAGUCUUUUCUCACAAAGCUCACAUUGUAACCCCUGUAUCAUCUUUGUUGCUUGCCUCUGGAUCCUUUCCAGUUUCUCUAUAUUCUUCCUAAAGUGCAGUGCUUAGCAGUGUACACAUACAAAAAACUAGAACUCUUGGUUCCAAAAUGAUACCUUUUAUUAGACCAACUGAAAAAUGGCAAGAAAAUUGUCCUUUUCUGCAAGCUUUCGGGAAUCAAAGUCCCUUC